UCAUUUCUUACAUAAUUCUUGAUAUUUCAAAGCUUUUAUAACUUGUAAAUAUUAUCUUAUUUUUCAUUUUAUGUCAUUUUGUCGGUUUCAGUUGGAACUUUUAAAGGAGAAUCGUAUACACACGUUAGAGGCCCAUUCAGAUCAAAAUUUGCCAUCAAAGAUGUCGGAAGUGAGAAUGAGUUUUGUACGGGAGUGUUGCCCCCAGACACAUACAAAUCAAAAGGUUCUAUAAUUCAUUUGUAUUACCGACCGCAUCAUUUUCUGAAGUAUCCACGUAUAAUUGGCGAAAGGAUCGGGCAAAGUGAAGGAUUCCGUAUUCAAUACAAAAUAUCAGAACAUUCUUUUGAAAAGUAUACUACUGUGGCUAUAGGGAAGGACUUACUACCAACAACAUGUUCCAGGCUUUUCAAAAAAUGCUACACUGUAUUCUCUGAAAAAGUUUCAUGGGAUAUUGCAAAUGAUAAAUGCCGUAAGGGCAAUGAGCAUCUUGUGACUAUAACAUCAAGAAAGGAAAUGACUUACAUCCAAUACUUGCUUCGAAGUGCGUUAUAUUUUCAGCGGAAGACUGCGCUAAAGUUUGAACAUCAAGCUGAUGAUCAAACACUUUACGGAGCACAUAUUGGAUUGAGGCGAGUUAAAGACAAACAAUGGCGGACAAGUUUCAAAUGGUUAAACAGAUACAACUCUUCAUUCAGUGCUUGGGAAAGCAAACAACCUGCAGCUGGAGACUGUACUCGUACAUUAUUCGAGUACUUUAACACUGAAGAACUUUGGGGAACUGAAGAUUGCUUGUAUAACCGUGUCGAAUUUUUCAUCUGUGAGAAACCGUUUUCAGAGGACAAGAUGAACACAAAGACUGGUGUCAAGGACGAUGAAUGUAAAACAGUCUAUAGGAAAGAAGACCUUGUUGCAUCCCCAUACUCUGGUAAAACAUGUCAAAAUUGGAAAAAUCUGUCUGACACAGCUAAAAGUGAUUUUGACGAGAACUUUUCUUCUUCAGAAACAACUUUAAAAAAUUCGACUCUGUGUACAGAUAUUACUUCAAAUGAUAUACCGUGGUGUUAUGUUAAUGAUCCUGUUGAAUAUUUGCUGGAGCCGUGCUUUUUGCAAUACAAAGGUAACACCAAUCUGCCUGAAAAAAAGUUGAUAUCUGACAAAGAAUGCAUUGAUGGAUCGUCAAUACCUCGGGUGAAUUGGUGUGAUAGGAAUUUCGACUGCUCAGACUACACGGAUGAGUUGUCAUGUCAGUAUAUUAUUAAAGGUUAG